AUGCUCACCGUGCUGUGGUACAACGGGCAGAUUCAGCACACGGCGCCGCUGAUCACGACCGCGUACAACAACGCCCGGCUUCGCAACGUGACCGGCGACGCCGACGCCACGUUCAGCUUCGACGUGACCGCGCCGCGACCGGAGAAGAACGAGACCGUGGUCAAGCUGGGCGUUUCGAGCGACGAGGCCGAGCACAUCCGCAGCCAGAACACGUACCGCGUGCUCCUGCCCAAGGUGCUGCGCUCCAUUUUCUUCCCGCUCGUCUCGAGCCUCAUGUGCAGCAAUUUCGUCCUCUUCCCGAUCGCCGAGAGGGCGCUGCAGGUGAAGCACCUCCACCUGCUGACAGGGCUUAGCCCAGCGCUCUACUGGGUACUGAAUUUUAUCUUCGACUUCAUGUUCUACAUGGGUACCGCCGUCUUCGUGCUGAUGCCGCUGGCCUUCUUCGAGGAAGGAGCGCUGUCCAGCACAGACAUAAGUCUGAUAUUUGUGCUGAACCUUCUACACGGAUACGCGGCGCUGCCGCUCAUAUACCUCACCUCCUUUCUCUUCGACAACCCGGGAUUCGGCUUCACUGCGCUUUCUAUCCUCAUGUUCGUCGUCUCUUCGAUGGGUUGCCUGGGCGAGGUGUUCAUGGAGCACUACGCGAGCGAGGUGGACAGCGCCUUCCUCUCGGCAGUCGUCGGCACCGCUCGCCAGGUGGUGCGACUGCUGCCGUCUUGCUCCUACUCGCGCGGCAUGACCAAGAUCUUGCAGCUCGCCUCCGAGAACUACGUCUGCCGCGUCGGGGGCCCCGAGCUUGACAGCCAGUGCGACAGCAAGGUCUCCGAGUCCAAGCUCUCGCUACAGCAGUGCUGCCGCUACGUCACCAGCCCAGACCGGAUGGAGUACGUGAUCUACCCAUUCGACGUGCAUCCUUACUCGGCCUUCUACGAGGUCGUCACCCUGUCCGUAGAGGGCGCCGUUCUGUUGGCGCUGCUGGUAUUGCUCGAGUACCAUAUAGCAAAGAUUGAUCAGGCGCUGAGCGCGCUUGAACCGGAGGUCUACGCUGACAACUUUGUACCCUUCUCGUUGAAGCCUGGAACGUUGCCGAAAAUCACCGUAUCGAAGAGCGUGAAGUCCGGCAAGGAUGUGGACCCGGACGUUGUGGAGGAAGACCGCUUGGUGGCCACCUUAAUCAAGGAUCAGGCGCGAUUCGCUGACCCUAAACUAGUAGCAGCCGGCUUACCGAAGGAACAGGCUCCAGUCGUCGACACAAAACCAGUGCCGGCCGAUGAACAGGCGCCAGUGGCUCGCCCAAGAUCAACGCCGGGCAGCUUAGCCAACACGCAGCUGCAAGUCGCUGACGCAAAAGCAGCGGUGGCUGGCUUAGUCAACGCACAAGCGCCACUCGCUGACGCAACACGAAUGUUAAUUGUGCAGCGCCUGCACAAGACGUACGGGUACGUCGAACCCAACCCGGUGCUCCAGGGCCUCAGCUUCACGGUGGCCACAGGCGAAUGUUUUGGCCUGCUUGGCGUCAACGGCGUGGGCAAGACCACGACGUUCCGCAUCCUCACCGGCGACAUUCUGCCGCACGCUGGUGAUGCCUAUAUCGGCGCGUGCUCACUUGUGAAGAACACGAGAGAGUUUCAACGAUACAUCGGCUACUGCCCCCAGAAGGACGGCCUGCUGGACAUGCUGACCGGUGAAGAGACCCUGGUGCUCUUUGCGCGUCUAAAGGGCAUUCAGAUCACGCAACAGUACUUGGACACGUUGCUGGACAUAUUCCGCCUGGAGGAGACCGCCGGCCAGCUGGUUGGCACAAUGAGCGCCGGUAACCGCCGCAAGUUGUCGCUGUGUGUCUCCAUGAUCGGCAUGCCGCCUCUGCUUCUUCUCGACGAGCCCUACGCCGGGGUGGGCGCCAUUUCACGCCGGCGAAUUGUCAGCUGCAUGGGCGAGCUGCAGCGUCUUGCCAAGAUCUCCAUCGUUCUCACCUCGCAUAACCUGUCUGACGUGGAGUUCCUGUGCAACCGAAUCGCCAUUCUGGGCGAGGGCAAGCUGCAGUGCCUGGGAUCGCUGUCGCACCUGAAGGAGAAGUUCGGCAAGGGCUAUACCAUCUUGGUGAAGACGUUAUCGGACCGGAAGCAGGACCUGUCCUACCAGCGGGACGUCAGCAGGGCUGUCAAUAAGAGCUUUCCUCAAGCCGAGCUGGUGUACACCUACGAGGGUAUGCUGGAGUUCCGCAUGUCCCGCGUGGAAAUUCCUUGGAGCGAGAUGUUCUCCCGCAUGGCGCGCAUCAAGAAGCGCUUCAAGCUGCAGGACUUCUACAUCUCGGACACGUCGCUGGAGCAGCUCUUCCUCAGCGUGACACGCAAGGAGGCCAGCGAGGCGGCCGCCGCAGCAGCCGCGCAACAGCAGCAAGCUCCAGUGGUAGGACACACCAUGGCCACGACCUUGGGCAUCUAGCGCGCUCACCGUUGACCUUAACUCGUA